AUGCGCUGCGGCGUGCAAGGCACGGUGGACUACUGGGAGGCAUCUGUCACCCUGCCAGACCGGCUCACGAAGUCUGAGGACUUGCAGAGCAUCGCCAGGGUCUUGUAUGGCGCCGACACAGCAAAGAUCGACCAUUUCCUCUCCGAGACC